CCCCGCACUUCCUGCGCUGCCCAGCCCUGCCCGCUCCGCCUCCUGCCGCUCUCCCUCAUAGCGGGCGGCGCGGCAGCGGCCGCCGCCUUCCUGCUGGGCGGGGGCGGCACGGCGAGGUGAGUGGCUGUUCCAGCUGCACUUGGUCUUCAUGUGCUGCUCCGAUGUACGCUGGCUUUGUACCAUGUGCUGGCUGGGUGGUGGAGGAGGUGGCUGGUAGGCAGGUUUCCACACUGUUGUGGUUCUUUGGAUUUGUUUUUUUCAUGAAAUGGUAGGGCUCGGAAGCAGCUGCCGAGGGAUGAAGUCUCCACCUCUCCUUGUGGCCGCACUUGUGGCGUGCAUCAUUGUUUUAGGUUUCAACUACUGGAUUGCAAGUUCUCGCAGCGUGGAUCUGCAGGGUCGGAUCAUGGAUCUGGAAGUCAAGGUCCGCCGAGCGGCAGCGGAGAGGGGUGCCGUGGAGCUCAAAAAGAAUGAGUUCCAAGGGGAGCUAGAGAAACAGCGACAGCAGAUUGACAAAAUCCAGUCCUUGCACAGCUUUCAGAUGGAAAAUGCGAACAAAGUACAUCAGGAAGAGAAGGCAGUGCUCAUGAGUAACAUCACAGUAAAUGAAAGAUUGAUGCAGAAUCUACGAGAACACUUGAAAGAGUUGCAGACAGAAUAUGGGAAGCUACAACUGGUUGUUUACUGGUUUCAGAAGAACCAGACUAACCUUCAGAAGAAGUUCUCAUAUGACCUGUCACAGUGCAUCAACCAGAUGAAAGAAUUAAAAGAACAAUGUGAAGAAAGGAUAGAUGAGCUUACAAAAAAGGGUAGUGAUGUAGCACAACUGAAAGAAAACAAAGACUCAGAAGAUUCAAAGAAAAAGAGCCAGGUCAAUAUUCAACUGCCAGCUGUGAAGCAAACCGAGUUCAAGCCGUCUGACUUGGAACAGCAGAAACCCAAAGAAGAUGUACCUAAAGCAGUACCUACAGAAAAAAAGACAGACCCGCUGCAGGCUAAAGAAAGAAUAAGCGACCUAGCUGACAUCAGAAAACAGGAGCCUAAGGCAGAAGAGGAGCAGCUUUCUAAUCAACUGAAAAACCCACAGGAUUCACUCAACGCUGCAGCAGGUCAUAAGGAGGUGCUGCCUGAGUCAGAGAAGGAGCUGAAUCCAUCUGAAGAUGAAAAACAAGUAGCUGGGCAAGAUGCGUUACAGCCAGCAGCAGAGCAGGCUGAGAGUGAGGAAGUUGAGAGGGAGCAGCUUGUAAACUAUGAUGCUAAGCAGGAUGACUCGCCCCCCAGAAGAGCUGACAAACAGGAACAUGAAGCACUGAACCAGGACAAGGAUGUUGAUUACAAUGUAGAUGAGAAUGAAGCUGAAUCAGAAACGGACAAGCAAGCAGCACUUGCAGGGAUUGAAAAUGUUCAAAACCCUGAUGAUCUGAAGAACCACUUACCUGAGCAAGGUAAAGAACUACAGAGGUUGUGAACAAAGGAGGUUCACGGUGCAACUUUUUCACCUCUUCAUAUAAAUGCAGCAAUGAGAGCAAAGUGAUCUGAGAACGUUUUGUCUUCUCAAGGCUUCAGUAAAGGCCCAAAUGAAGUAGUAUUUUCUUGUGAAGUUUUAGUACUGUUUCAGUGGUGAAAAAAGUAAUCUUAAAUCUCGGGAGGCUUGUUUUAAAGCAGCUUGACCUCUGCAAUGACUCUUUCCUUCCUGUCAAUUACAAAAUUGAAACCAACUAGCAGUAAGUGUAGUAACUUUGAAGUCAGCUAACUCGUGCAGUCAUACUAUGGUGACAGUAUGUGUGGAUUGCUGGUAGAUGAAAGAAGAGAGUCCUCUGCCAAGGAUGGAACUCUCCCCUGAGCAGUGCAGUGAGAAAUCCCCAGCCGACUUCUAAGAGGAGCUUAAGAGGAGUUAACUUACCUUGACAAAACAUGGGAAGGGUGAAGAAUGGCCCAUGCUGCAGUCUACCCAUGUGCCUGGCAGAGAUCGACUCAGAAAGCAUAAUUUUUAGUCCUCUGAUAUUAUGCAGUGUGAUAUAUUUUCCUGUGCCUCCUAAAUGAAGUGGCCAACUUAACCAGGCUGACACACUGUCCUCGUUGUGUUCUUAGCUUUUAGGUUAAAAAAAAAAAAGUAGGAUCCUGACAAUACUGUCGUCUUAUUACGAGAUUAGCAGGAAGAUUUUUCUGAAAGCUUUCUUGGACUCAUGUUCAGAAGAUAAGCAUGAUGGUAUGGUUGAGUUACCACUAACUUGCACAAGUUAUGAGUGUAAACAUUCAUACUCCUGAACUUUUCAUGACAGAAGCCACCUGAAAUGGCUAUGAAGUGCUACAACUUCCCUUUACUCCUGCCAGCCACUAUCUUCUGCUGAAAAGUAGAAAGGCAAAUGCUUGCUGUGUAGAACAGCAAUCAUCUCAGCUGUUCAGAGUGACUAAUCUUCUCUGCCAGAUGGUAAACCAGACUAUGCAUUUACCAGACAUCUCAGUGUCUCCCACAGGUGAAGCUGUAGUUGUUGUGAAAUCUUGUUAUGCACAAUGUAUUGUGUUGUUAAUGUUCUAUAGUCUUUGUCUUUUCUGUAACUUGUUGAAUGCAAACUAGAAACUAGUUUACUUGCAAUAACCUAGAAAUACCCUCUACUACCACUAAAGCACCCUUAAGUGCAGUCCCAUCUGCAUUGUGUGGCCAGCUGUUCAGAAGGUGGUAUUGGUGACACCUGUGCUUGGAGCAAUCUUUGUGAACAUGAACCAAGCUCUGUCGAGACGGCAUGGGAGCAGACAGACAUGACUAACUUCCCAACCAGCAAUUCCAUUUAAGAAAGUGCAAAUUUGUCUUGGCUUUCUCUUAGCGCAUUUCAUCAUUUUGUAACUACUUUUGUGGUGUUUCAUUCCUCAGUGUACUGGUUUACAACUCCUGUAACUUAAGAUGACAUAAAUAUGCACGUGGAUGGUUGGUUCUUUUGUGUGUGAAGAGAGCACUAGUUGUCGCUGAGUGACAGGCAGAGCUCAAGUCAAACGGUGCCUAUUAAGCCUAAAUAUGUAAACAGUUCACUGACAGACUUCCACGUGCAACUUGAAUUCUUCUAAGAAAAGCACUGACUUCCAUUACUGAGUUUUUGGUUACUCUUUUUUUCACCGUUUAUGUAAAAUCAAAAUUAGCAUCAAAACUUUACCCAUAUAUUCUGAGUUAAGGGAGCAUUUUCUUAGGACUUAAUUUGUAAACAGUUACAUAGCUGAGAUUCAGUCAGUCUGGAAUUUAAUAGUGAUUGUUAAAGAGUACAGUGAAACAUGGUGUUCAAGUUGAAUGAAUGGCUUUAACCUGAUACUGGUAAAAUCCCAAACAACACAAUCCUUAAGGUAAUUAAUAUAUUGCCAGACUUCUGUUUUGGCGGUAUUUCUGUAAAGGACCCAAACCUGAGUGGGUUCUCACUAGCCAGGCAGAUGUCCUCUCCAUACACAAGACCACCUUCAUAUGAAGCACACUUGUUACACCUCUGACAGUACAGGCUCUGAAAACCUGCGUAAGAGCAAUCUUCAAAAGCAUAAAGGAAUACAGUCAUUCUCAAUGGCUUCAAGUACUACGGGAAUAUAACAAGUGGCCUGUAGUAGACAUAUAUAUGGGCCUGUAUGUCUACUAUAUAGAACUUUAAAGGACUUUUUUAGUUGAACAAAACAAGAGAUUCAGUUGGAACUGUGGUUUACAUAUUGUCUAUCACUAAGAUUUUUAGUUGUGUGAGGCAUGAAAGCUUCUUUGCUGUAAUCAUUUUGGGGUUAAAUUAACACUUUUCCUUGAUGUUUUUUUUAAUACUAAGCCUGAUUCAGUUUAGAUAAGCAUUUUCAAAUAAAAGUAGUCUUCUCUACUGUG